GUCGAGGACGAAAACGCGAGGAUUCAUCGAAAGGUGAAAAAGUGGAAAACGUAGUCUGAAGUGCGAGUACAGAAAAAGUUGUAGUGUUUUUCGUAAAAUCAGGAUCAGCUAAAACAAUAAAAUGCUAUCCUGUCCGUGUAACUCUCGGGUAGUACGUACCGUGAUAGUGCUGCAAUGUUUGAGAAUAUAAGCUGAUUAGCAACGGCUAGUUGUAUGGUGGGCAAUUUAAUGGCCGUAUUCGAUGAUAGCAGCAACAGCAGGAGCAGUAAUUUUAUUUGCAAGGUGAAAAGUAGCAAUGGUAAUAGCGUUGUCGGUGGCAGUAGCAACAUUUUUAUCUCAGCACCAUCAGCGAAAUUGGCUACAAUUCCCAGCCUGUUCUUGUACGAGACCGCCGCGGGUCUAUCGAAUCAAAUGUCGGCCGAAACGGACGAUACAGAUGAUGAACAGCAGGUGGCUCUCGAUCCGUACUCGCAGCUCGAGGAGGACUUGCGGAACAUUAAAUCCGUGAUUCAUGUUACCCGGGAGAAUAUCGAUGCACUCAAUGCCAAGUUCGCGGACUUUCAGCAACCCCCGGCCCUCUAUCUAGAGGAGUACCAGGAGCUGACCUCGAAAUUGCACGACCUCGAAACCAAGGAGCAGGAGCUGGUGGAGCGGAAAAGCCAGAUGCAGGCCCAGUGCGAACGAGAAUCGACAAGUGAACCUAGUGAACCUCCGGAUCCGGAGGAACGGGUUGAGGUCGACAGUAUGUGUGGCACGCUCAGUCGUACGUCCAAAAUGCUGCUAAGGGCGCAUCUGCCCAACCAGCAGCGCACUUCUGUCCAGGUAAUACCAGGAAUGCGCUUGAAAGAUGCUCUCGCGAAGGCUCUAAAACGUCGCAAUCUGACCUGCGACAUAUGUGAGGUGACAUCGGCCAUCAGUGACUACCCGAUCCCAUGGGACACGGAUGUUUGUUCGCUGCACUGCGAGGAAGUAUUUGUUCGCAUUCUAGAUAUUGGUUUUCCCACGUAUAUCUCGCAUCAAUUUAUUCGGAAGACGUUCUUCUCGUUGGCCUUUUGCGAAUGCUGUCGUAGAUUGCUUUUUACCGGAUUUUACUGCAAUCAGUGCAACUAUCGAUUCCAUCAGCGCUGUGUGGAUAAAGUUCCUCCGAUCUGCAGCAAGCGACAUAUGGACCACAUUUACCAUCAUCUGUUGGCCAACCCGGAAAGUACGGUUGGGAUAAUAAACCCGGGUACCGGAGGAUACGGUACUAGUCUGCGACAUCCACGCUCACUCAAUCAGCAGGAUCGAUCCAAUUCGGCACCGAAUGUGUGUAUAAAUAACGUGAUGAAACCCUUAUUCGGAGCCGAUAGUCGGGCGCUGAUCAACUGUAGACCGUUGCAGGCCCAAGUGAAUCAGGAACACUCACAUUCCACUCAAGCAUCACCAACAAACACGUUGAAGCACAGCAAACGACCGAGAGCGCGAUCGGCCGAUGAAAGCAAUAAGAAUCUGCUGUCGCCGCGGGAUUCGAAGCAGUCCGAAGAAAAUUGGAAUAUCCAAGCGGAGGAGAUCCUGAUCGGUCAACGCAUCGGAUCCGGCUCGUUCGGGACUGUGUACAAGGCCCACUGGCACGGUCCGGUUGCCGUCAAGACGUUGAAUGUGAAGACACCCAGCGCGGCGCAGCUGCAGGCAUUCAAGAAUGAGGUCGCCAUGCUGAAGAAAACUCGUCACUGUAAUAUACUGUUAUUCAUGGGUUGUGUAAGUAAACCAUCGCUUGCGAUCGUCACGCAGUGGUGCGAGGGCAGCAGUCUGUACAAGCAUAUUCACGUUAACGAGACAAAGUUUAAACUGAAUACGUUGAUCGACAUCGCUCGACAGGCGGCACAGGGUAUGGACUACUUGCAUGCCAAGAACAUCAUCCAUCGGGAUCUGAAGUCGAACAAUAUCUUUUUGCAUGACGAUUUUUCGGUGAAAAUUGGCGAUUUCGGUUUGGCCACGGCCAAAGUUCGGUGGUCUGGUUCGCAACAGUCCAAUCAACCGACGGGCAGUAUUCUAUGGAUGGCACCGGAGGUAAUUCGCAUGAAGGAUCAAAAUCCUUAUUCUUUUCAGAGUGAUGUUUACGCAUUUGGUAUCGUCCUAUAUGAGAUGCUGACUGAACAGCUACCCUACAAUCACAUCAACAACAAGGAUCAGAUCCUGUUUAUGGUCGGUUGUGGCAAACUGCGGCCUGAUCUCACCAAGGUACGCUCCGACUGCCCGCAAGCGUUGAAGCGCUGCGUAGAGGAUUGUAUUAAAUUUAGCCGCGAGGAGAGACCGCUUUUCCGACUGCUACUGAACAUGCUCGAAAAUAUGCUCCGGACGUUGCCGAAAUUCCAUCGUAGCGCAAGUGAGCCCAACUUUACCCAAUCACAGCUCCAGAACGACGACUUUCUGUAUCUGUGCUCGAGCCCAAAAACACCAGUGAAUUUCCACAACUUUCAAUUCUAUAACGGCACCGGCAUCAUUUAGCGCAUUCGCUGCUGCGCACCGGUGAACUUGCUGGUGAUUGUUGCCAUCGCUGUACCCUCUAAGGUUCUAGUUAUUGACAUUUUAAUCAAAUAUUUUACACCGUGGGAAUGCAUGAAACACUGAAACAGUGGGUUUUGGAUCGUAAGCUUUUCGGAGCGCGUGCUCGGGGCGAUAGGUUGGCUAACAGUAGACAUUUUAAAAAAUGAUUAUCUCAGACUGGUGUAAAUAGAGCGGUAUCCCCAUUUUAGGGAGUCAGGCAGAAUACGUUAAAAUGACUAUGAAGAAGAAGAUGAAUGGAAUAUGGGCCUGGACUAGCUUGGGAACGAGAAUGGUUAAUAUGCAGGGUGCAAUUCAUCAUCACUUUUUUACUGUAUAAUUUAGGUUAAAAUUUUAUGUUUAUAUGUUGUUUUAAAAGGUUAGGUUUAUGUUUUUUGUAGAUAUUAGCCAUAGUGAUCUAGAUUAUUUUAACAAGAAACCUGUCGACGAUUUCAUUAGUUUUAGAUUAUUUUUUUAAUUUGCAGCUCAUUCUAAUGCAUUAUCUCAGCGUAAAAUAAUGUGUAUAAAGCAUUUAGGUUAUUGUUUACCAGAAUACUUCCAAGUACAGGUUGCGUACGUAAAAAAAAUUGACGCUCCUUCGGUUCACUAAAUUUAUAUUAACUUACUAGCUAUUCUAUUUUGGCACAUGAUUCGGCUGCUUUUGAGAAGAAAAUGGCCGUUGAAAAUGUAGCAAAUGGUGGAGAACUGGUUGGGGUUGUUCUUUGAUGACUAUCGUAAGUGGAAGAAAGUAGCAAUCAAUUGAUUUUGACUUCGAAUAAAGCAACGUCUAGUGAGCAAAAGGAAAAGCUUUUGCUAAAAACA